AUGAAGCACAGCCAACUUUUUAUAACAUUAGAUAAAACCACAGAAAAUAACGAAGAUGAUGAUGAGAUGCCGGAAGAUAAUAAUGUAGACAGUAUUAACGUUGAAUUGUCGAAUAAAAAACAAGAUAAAAGUGAGCUGAAGCCAAAGCAAGAUGAUAAAGGGAAGCUCGUGGCGGGAGACUCAAAGGAAACAGAAAACAAGAAGAAGGAACAGGAAGAUAUCAAAGAUGAAGAUGAAGGAAACAAGGAUGAAAGUAAUGAUAGAAAAGAAAGCGAGAAAGAAGAUGAAGCUGAGGAUGAAGAUGAAGGUAAAGACGGUGACGAUGGGGCAGACGUUGAUACUGAUAAGGAAAGUGAAACCAGCAAAGAUUCAGGAGAACAAAACCCAAUAUAUUAA